GGUAAGCAACCGUCUAAUAAACACAAAAUCAUCUAAAUUCAAAAAAAACUAAUUCUUUCACUCUAUAGUUUAUGAGUGUGUUUGUUAUUUGCGAACCGUCUUUAAAAUCUUGAAACAAACUUGAGAUUCUUGCAAUUCCAAACCACAUUCGUUGAAGCGCGAUUUCAUUCAAAACCAACUCACAACAAAGUGUAUCGGAUUUCGAACAUCUUAGCAUUCGCAUUCGAGUUGAGUUUAAUACCUUUUGUUUAGGCAAAUGGAACCAAGCAAAGACUCUUCAGAAAGUUCCGAAUGCAGUCCAAGAUCAACUCCGCCGCCUAAAUCAAGUGAGGAUAAUUUGAAAAUCUCAUUGAAUCAGGUUAUUGGACCUGAAUUGGAAGGGAUUCUUUCUACUGAAAAAGUGGAACAAGCAGAUAGGUCACCAUAUUGUGAGGAACAGAUAAAUGCCUCAUCAAGAACGGAGUAUUUCUCUCUUCCAGCGACCCCUAUUUUCAGAUCCUUGGCUGAAGAAAUUCCCAGCCCAAAGUUUUCAGAAAGUGAAAAGUCCUUCUUAAGGAAAACACUCGGAGUGGAAUCUCCAUCUAUCAAUUCAACCGUGCAUGAGAGUCCUCCAUUAUGAUCUUCGAUUCAUUUGACUUUCAGAAAUUUCUUAGCCUCAUUUCAGAAUGCUUAAUCUCUGGCUGGAGUUUUAAAAGGCAUAUGCUACCUAAAACUGCUAUAUGAUACAUUCUUUUAGCAUUACGCCUUUCACUUAAAAUUAGCUUUUUGAUACUUGCACAAAAAUGUUGUUUUGCUUAG